AUGCAAAGUUCUGGGUAUCACCUGAUGGACAGGCUUGGACCACUGGAGUGGAUGGCCGAUGGCUACCUUAUGGACCAUCUGGUGCAUCCCAGCUGGCACCUCUGCAGCCUGAACGAUGGACCACCAUACCAUGCUGGUGAAGGAUCUCAAGCGCGUGCUAUGUCUUUGCAGUAUGGUCCACCACCUACUGUCCUUCAUCCAUCAUAUGCUCCCACCAGUGCUGUUGCUGGCCCACCACAGCUGCCAUCCAGUGCAAUCGAUCCAAUGCUGGUGCCUCUCCCGCCCCAGCAUACGUUGGAGAUUUUAGAGCUUCAUCACUGUCACUCACUGGUGGACAAGACUGGAGGAUCUCAUCACACAGUCUCUCGUGGUUGCUCGAAGGCCAAGGGAAAACAGCACAUGUGUGAGCCAGAGCCUGUCCGAACAUACAAGUCACUGAAGGCAAAGUUUAAGCAGCUGGUACAAACCAGCAAGCCUAUCAGUGAUGCAGACUGUCCUCCAGCUGUUGAGCGGGUGCAUUACAUCGACGACCUUAUCAACGAUAAAGUUCACUCUCAUGAUCUUGAUGAUGACGAAAUUGCCACGGAGCAAGAUGCUGACCAUUCCAUUCUUUCUCUCAUGCCAUCAAAAUUGACCCCAAGCUACCUCCUGCCGCAGUUCAUGCUGAGCGUGCUCGUCGAUCGCAUGCUCCUAACCUCAUGGAGGCUGAGCAUCGCUAUCAGGAUGCACAGCAGCAUGCUGAUCAUGCAGAACAUCAAAUGGAAAUAUCACGCAUGCUCCAUGAUUCUGGUAGACGAAGCAGGUCUCACUCUCGCAAUUGCAGCUAUUCCUCACCUCACCAUCAUCCAAUAUCGGCCUCUCAUCAUCAUCGCCAUGCCCUUGAGCCCUUGCCUCGUCAAACCCUCGAGCCUUCCCCUCACUGUGACCGCUAUAACGUCUGCUAUGCUGAUGGAGCUCGCGCAACAUUCUGGGCAUUCCCUGAUGAAGUUGACGAUCUCAUCAACCCUGAUCGUCCUUAUCAUCACAUGCAUUCAGCAAGCUCACUCACUACACGUGGCAACCAUCCACCUGUACACUCUCCCUUUUGUCAUGCUCGCCAACAUCAUGAUGGGUCUCCGCACACUCCCAGCUCUCCUCGAUAGCCAGAAGGCAGCUUUGGCAGAGCAGCAGGAACUCGAGAGAUGA